AAUCAUCGUUUUCCCGCAAACAAACGCGUUGAUCCUUCUUGUAAACUGCCGUGGGCGUGAUAUGAUGCUGCUGUGCGGCACGUCCGACGAGCCGCCUCGCAACCCUGUGUGCCAUGGUCGGCAGGUGAAGAUGGCUGCUUCAAGCGUCGAAGGACCGCUUAGCAAAUGGACAAACGUCAUGAAAGGCUGGCAGUACCGCUGGUUUGUGCUAGACGACAACGCAGGACUGUUGUCCUACUACACCUCUAAAGAAAAUAUGGCCCGGGGAGCCCGGCGUGGCUGCGUGCGACUCCAGGGGGCAGUUAUAGGAAUCGACGAUGAAGACGACAGCACCUUCACGAUUCGCGUGGACCGCAAGAUCUUUCACUUCCAAGCGCGCGACGCAGAGGAGCGAGAGCGAUGGGUGCGUGCGUUGGAGGAUACGAUCCUGAGGCAUACGUUACAGCGGCAACCAAACACACGUCUGUGGGAUCAGACGGGCAUUGUGGCACCGACACAGCACAACUUUGACACCAAGCUCACCGAAGCAGACUCAUACCUGCAGCUUCUCAUCGAGCAAAUCAGGGACCUGGAGUACAGCAUCGACAAGGUCGCUGAUCCGCGCGAGAAAGUUCAGCUGUCCGGCAUCGGGAGCAAUGCCAACGCGCUUCUGGAAACGGUCAAGCACACGAUUGUGCUGCUGCAGAUCGCUAAGAACACAGCUCAACCUGUGAAUGGAGUCUACCUCAGCGCAGAGGAAACCGAGGAUCGACCAGCCCCGCUAAGGACUCGAGGUGGCCAGUACUGGUGA